AUGCAGGAGACACGCGCCAACAGGUUUCGCUUCCUGGUGGUCUUCCUCUGCCUGUUGGAAUGUCUGUCUAUAACCGGCGUUAUAUUUGGCUGGGCCUCGGUGGUCUACGUUCUCAAGGCCGAGGGUUUCUUCCUGGACUUGUGUAACGUCACCCUUGGAGGCAACGGAGCAAACGCCGGCGGGACCAUCGUGACUUGUGAUGAAAGAGACCUCCAGUUCUCUAUCCUGUUUGCUGUGGCUUUCUCUGCCCAGGCCUUGGGAGCUUUCAUGAUUGGCAGACUGCAGAUGGCGGCUGGGAAUAGAGUGGCUCGUGUGGCUGUCUCAUUAAUUUUCUUGAGCGGAUGUUACAUCGUUGCGUUCACCUCUCUAGACUCGCCAUGGCUACUGUAUCCAGGCCUGUCUCUAGCAGGCACGGGGGCCAUUGCUACGAUCAUGCUGUGCAGUCAGACGUCGGUGCUGUUCCGUAGGGCCGCCCCCAUCGUGGUGGGGAUCAUGAACGGGGCGGCUGAUUCUUGCACUGGCCUGCAGUUUUUGGUCAAGAUGAGCUACGAGGCAGGCAUCAGCCGGCAGAGCAUCUACCUGUUCAUGGGUUCCCUGGCUCUGCUCACCCUGCCCUGCACGUUCCUCCUCAUUCCCAGGGGUCACUUGGAGCGGCCACCGUCAGCUGACCACAAGGAUACAGGACGGGAAGAGCACGGUGCAGUUGAAUAUAAAGGUGAAUAUCGACGAUGUUUUAUGGAAUGGUAA